CUACAGGCAGAAUGGGACAUUGAUGUGGCCCAGGCAAAUAGGGCUCAGGCCCAAAGAGACGUGCCAAGGAUACCUGCACUGUAUGCCACCCUCUCCAGGCAAGGCUCGACCGACCCCCGCGAUGCUGCUGUGGGGGCAUAUAACAGCCUGAAAGCCAAGUUGGAGACCGGUGGCAGCAGCAAGCCAGCAAGACUGCAUCUCCUCAGUCUCUCCCCCCCCCUCCUCUCCUUCCAUCGCACAAGGAGCUUCCCCCCUCAUCAACACAUAGAUGCCCGAGAUGUUUGCCAUCAACUGCCACCAU